AUGGUCGGCUUUUCAGGUGAACGAGUUAUACAGCAGAGAUUUACAUCAUCUCCUCUAUCUCUGGAUGCACCUGUUAUGGCACCUGCAUCCAAGAAAUACAGUUUAGACGUCACAACGAGACGAAGAUUAGUCAAGGCUCAUGGUGUGUUUUCUAACAAAAAAUUUGCCCAAGAACUUGCUAUACUCAUGGUGCUCUCGUGGUUCUUUUUCGUUCCAACAGCAUUCGUAUUCGCUCGAUUCUUGAAGGGUGCUUUCACAGGUGUUAAACCAGGUGGCGUUUCUCUGUGGUUCCAGGUUCAUCGAGUCUCCAAUUUCAUAGCUAUCGCGCUGAUGGUUGCUUCCUUUGUAUGCGUCUUGACUAGUAAAGAUUGGCGUUGGACUGGUCCAGUUGGUAAGCAAGCGAGGUAA